CAAUGACGAUACAAAGUUUAUUAAAAUCAGUGCAGUGAUUGUUUAAAAAGUGUAGUGAAAAAGUGAAGACAUUUGCAAUGGAUUUUCAAAACUUUGAUGUUUUGUCGAUUACGUCAUUCUUCUAUCUGUAUAGCAUGGUGAUAAUGAGCAAAGCAAAGAAAAGCCCAACGGAAAAGACUUAUGCCAAACUGAAAGACAUUUUUGGAUCUCAUCACAAUCUAAGUCAGAAGCACCACGAUUUGAAAGUACACAAACCUGGUGGCAGCAGCAAUGAAGAUCUCAGUGACUCUACGGAGGCGUCCAUACAAAAGUCACAUGUGAGGAGUAUACUCAGAAAGUUCUUCCCGAAGAGACCAGCUAUGGAGGUGCUGGUGAAAAAAGGAAUCUACAAAGAUGAGCCGGUCUUCGGGCGGAAGUUGGAGGAGGUCUGUCCAGCCACCAGCCCUCGGGUGCCGGACUUCGUGGUGGCGUGUGUGAAAGAGAUAGAGAGCAGUGAGGAGAACAUGUGUACCGAUGGCUUGUACAGGGCCAGUGGGAACCUGAGCCAGGUGCAGAAGAUUCGGUUGGAGAUCGACCAGAACAACCUGUCCGUGAUGGAGAACAACACAGACAUCCACGUGCUGACGGGCUCGCUGAAGCUGUUCUUCAGGGAGCUGAAAGAGCCGCUCAUACCCUGCAGUAUGUUCGACCGGGUGCUCGCUGCUUGCUCAAUAAAACCAAGGGAAGCGAAGAUCAAAGAAUUCCGAGAUAUAGUCCAAGCUUUACCUCAAUGUAACAGAGACACCCUGAAGUACCUUUUAGAACAUCUUCUACGAGUCACACAGUACAGCGAACGAAACAGAAUGCACACGGCAAACUUGGCCAUCGUGUUUGGCCCAACCCUCCUCUGGGCGCCCGCGGAGCAAGCCCACAACAUCGCCAUCGACUGCAUCCAACAGAACAACGUCGUCGACAUCCUUCUUAAUGACUUCAAAGAGAUUUUCACCGAAGACAACCCCAAGGGGAAGAAGAAAGCGUGACUUUUACUCAACCGGCUGUCCCGGAACGAUAACUGAGCCCCCAAUGUAACUCUUCUUCAGCAUUUCCAAACUGGUACGAAGAAUGGAUGUUGCAACUGGAUUGUGUCAAAUACAAGUACCUAACAAUUUGAUCAACAAACUAUAAAAAGUGGCGUUAAAGUAUUUAUUAUGAAUCGAAACAGAUGACUUUUGGAAUGAGAAGUGGUCUGGGCUCUAUUUUAUUUAAAUUAGGGAAGUAGUUAUUCUACAAAUUAUAUCUUUAUAAAAUUGUGUACAUAGACGAUGUUGUGAUAUGAAUACGAAUAUCUGUGAAGGUGAAUGUUAAAAUCUAUGAAUUGAAUUAAAAUAUUUAUCAUGAUCUCUGUCACACACAAAAUCUAAAUUAUUUGACGUUAUUUCUAAUAUCGUGAAACUUGUCCAAAAUGUUUACAUCCAAAAACAGUGUUGUGAUUGUGAAGCAAUGUUACGUAAAGACUGUCAGAGGCUCUAGAAAUAAUAAUAUAUUCGUGUAAUUAUAUUAAAGAGUGUAGUGAUGUAUCGUGUGAUGUAGCCAGUAGUAUGGUAUAUCUUUAUUUACGGAACAUCAUUAUUUUGGGGCCAAAUCUGUAAAUAAGUGUGUCCUAUAGGCUUGAAGCCAGCUUGUAUUGUGUGCCUUAAGCUCUAGAUUAUGUCUGAUCAUGUAAAUAUUCAUCAUGGAUGAUUGAAUGUGAUAGUUUGGAGUGUUGUUAUAUCUAGUACCCUAUAUUUUAACUUUUAGGUAAUUCAUGCUUGCAAACGUGACGGUCUAGUCUUUAAUAUACCUAAUAACUGGACUUUUAACAUCAUAAAAAUUUAUUCAGCACCAUUAUUCGAAAUAAAACAUUAUAAAUACUCAAGUAAGCAAUCCGUAUAGAGGAAAUUAAAAUAAAAUUUAAGAAACGUAAUAAGCUAGAAACCAAAGUUUUGUAUUUUUUGGCU